AUUGAAAAAUUCGGGGGUUAUUUCUGACCAUUUUUCAAUAAAUACCAAUUUUCUCUUUCGGAGGCUGCCGAACAAAUUCCUCAUCAUCGGCUAAAUUCCGCAUCGUUUCUUCUUCAUCAAUGGCGUCCUUAACUACCUCCGGCCUCCUCAAAACCCCUCUUUCUUAUUCGCAAACUCCUGCAAAUUAUCGCCAAUACACACCUUUUGCUCAUGGGCAACAUCAACUACCCAUUUCCCUGAAAAGGGCUUCGCCCAGACGAGCCAUUAGAGCUUCAGCUUCGAAUUCGAGUCCCUCUACGAGCUCCUCACCAGGGCUGUACUCCGCCCAGAAAUUUGAACUGACCAUCAGAAACGUGGACUUGGUUCUCGAGGAUGUAAGGCCCUAUCUAAUUGCCGACGGAGGAAAUGUCGAUGUUGUGUCUAUUGAAGACGGAGUAGUUUCCCUCAAACUCGUUGGAGCAUGUGGUAGCUGCCCUAGCUCAACAACCACCAUGAAGAUGGGAAUUGAACGAGUGCUGAAGGAGAAGUUUGGAGAUUCAGUGAAGGAAAUAUGCCAAGUAUAUGAUGAAGUGCCAAAGGAGACAACACCCGAGGCAGUAAAUAGUCACCUUGACAUAUUGAGACCAGCAAUAAGGAACUACGGCGGGAGUGUGGAAGUAAUAUCGAUCAAUGGUGGCGAUUGCCUUGUAAAGUAUGAGGGUCCUGAAUCUAUUGGUACAGGAGUAAAAGCAGCCAUUAAGGAGAGAUUCCCAGAUAUUACACACGUUGUGUUUUCAGGCUAACAUUUCCUCAAGUUUUUGAAGUAAAGAGAAUAUGUAUAGCUGCUGCAUUUAUUGAAAAGUUGGUGCUCAUCUUUUCAGAAUAGGCAUGUAAAGAUCUCUUGUACAAUAAAUGGUACGUAUAUUAUUAAUGACCAUAUCUUAUGCACAUAGAAAGAAAGUACACUUAUUUUGGAGGGGAAACACUGUUCCACACAGAAUUUUGUUCGGAUAUAGCAGAUUCACAUGAACUUUA